AUGAUGAACGGAGGUCGAGCACGCGUGCCGAAGUGCGCUCGCUGUCGAAACCAUGGGCUCAUAUCCAGUUUGCGGGGCCACAAGAAGGCUUGCGCAUACAGGCAUUGCCAGUGUCCGAAAUGUGGUCUAAUCAAGGAGAGGCAGCGGAUUAUGGCAGCACAGGUGGCAUUGAAAAGGCAACAAGCAGCUGAAGACAAAAUUGCCUUGCAUUUAGCGUCGGUGGAGAGCGGAACAGCUUUGGAGUCUUUGCCACCAGGCCGCAUCUAUGGGAUGCGAGUGACCGGUCCCUGCCCGAGUCCCGGGCCUGAACCGGAUUCCGCACACGAGGAUCAAACUACGAUACACAUUGACAGCGAAACGAGCGACUCCACACAGGACUGCUGCAGCACUUCACCCGAUUCUGCUGGAAAUGCUACUUUGGCUUCUAGAGGCAUCGGAAACGAAGACCCGACUGACGCCGAGGGUACAGUCAGCACGGCCGGUUUGGAAAUGCUUAAGAAAUUGUUUCCGGGUAAGAAGCGGUCAGUGUUGGAGUUAGUACUGCGACGCUGCAAUCACGACUUACUGCGAGCCGUGGAACACUGCAACGCUAUACAUGGUUAUCAUGAAAAUAUGAUCACGACGAGUGCCGGAACAUCGAACGCCAGUUACGAGGCGUCCGUGUCAAGCUCGGAGGAAGUCGACGCGAGAUGGUCGGCGUUCCGACCGGUGGGGCCUCGGGCACCACUUCUGCCAGCUCUAGUUAUGGGCAGGGUCUGCGGGUCUGAAUGGCUGGUGCCACUGCCAGCGCUACCCACGCUCUCCACCCCACUGCUGCUACCGUUGCAGCACCCACACGCGCCACCAGCUCCCUGCAACCCAUGCACCCCAGACUGUAGACAAUGUAGUAACCGCCAU